GGGUGUACUCAAAUCCAUUUGUACCUCGAGCGCCAUUGAGGACAGAUGUUGUUUCAACAGCCUCUACUACAGGCGAGGAGAGAGAAAACAUCAUAGCUCCAAGUCGACUGGGGGCUGCAGUAAACAGAGAUGCAGGAGAAGAGAGACCAUCCUCCUACCUCCGACCGUCACUGUUGUCUGCACCAAAACUAGGAGGAGGUCAUCAUGGCUUUGGAGGUUUGGGCUCCUUACGGCAGGAGACACUCAGUUCAAUCACCAGCUCAGGAAACUCGUUUCACAUCAGGCCCUCUUUGUUCUCAGAGACUUGUAUAUAUAUUAUUGCAGCGCCAAUUUUAAAACCAGCAAAACUUCCAGAUCCAACUAAAUCAGCGGAGGUAAAAGCGGACUCAGCUGGUGAUAGUGAUUCUUCAGCACAAGAAAGAGCUUCCGAAGCUUCCACAGCCAGUGAGAGAUUGGAAGGAGCAGAAGGUGGUGCCGGAGGCAGUGAAGUUUCCUCGUCUUCCUCGGCCUCCUCGGUUGCCUCACCUCAUGGAACAGAUGCAGAAGGAGCCACUGCUGCAGAAGCUUCUUCAUACAACCAUGAUAUAGUCGCUGAUAUUAGUAAAAAUAACAGGUUGAAAGACUCAUCUGGCGUGUCCAGCAGUUCACAGUCUGAUUUUGUCUUUGGGAAGAAUCUGUCACAGAGAGUUACGGGGGUGACGUCUCCGAGUGAAAACCUGGCUGAAGCCUCAGCACCAUCUGGCUUUGUGUUUGGUGAAUCCUUGGCUACAAGAGCCGUGGCGGAAGCAAAUGGAUCUAGUGAAUCGUCCCACAAAGAUGACAGUGACUCAGACUCAGGCAAAUUGAAUCGAACUUUGGAAGAAUCUGCCAGAGAGUAUCAGGCUAAACACGAGAACAAAACAGAACUCAAAGAGGUGAAGAGAGUCACCGGAGAGGAGGAAGAAUCAAAUGUCUUGCAGGCCAAUGCCAAGUUGUUCCUGUUUGAUGCCACCACACAGUCCUGGGCCGAGAGAGGUCGAGGUGUCAUCAGGCUGAAUGACAUGUCGUCAGAGGAUAGCCGAUCAUUCACAUCUCGACUAGUAAUGCGCACUCAGGGAAGUUUAAGAGUCGUGCUCAACACAAAAAUCUGGCCAGGCAUGACUAUCGAGAGGGCGUCUGUAAAGUCUGUGAGAAUCACUGCUAUGGAUACUGACGAGACUGUAAAGAUCUUCCUAAUUAUGACCAACACAAAGGAUUCCGAAAAUUUGUUGCGGGCUAUUGACUGGAGGAUCCAGCAGUUGAAGAUCCAGGAAGAGCCCACACGCCCACAUGUGGAUUUACGUCCCGGGGACAAGCGCAAAGCCGAAUCUGAUUUUGAAUUUCCAAACAAGAGCAAGAAAUUCAGCGACCCCUCCGAGUCUGCCUCUUUUACGUUGAAGAAAGACGAGUCAGACAGCAGUGUGCAGGACCCUGAGACCGAAGCAUCUUGUGAAAGCCACUCAUCGUCACUGACCAUCAAAUCAGAAUCUGAUUAA